AUGCCCUGCAAUCCACACUUCCGGGUGUCCGAUAGUCGACAGAAGUGGGUAGACGACCUGCUUGCACAAAUUCAAGAACAAAAUGAUCGUGAAGAGGAAGAUGAAGAUAGCCGUUCUAGCGCCUCUGAUUUUGAAGGACCCAGUGGUGACCAAACCCAACUGGAGGACACUUUAGUAAGACACCUUGACGAGCUACGGCAUGAAUCCCUGAGCAACAACCAAGGAGCCCCGCGUGCAAGACUCGGGCUGCAAGCCCUUCAAAACGAGGGGGGGAGGAGCCCGCUUUCAAAGCUAAACGAGCAGCAGGAGCGGCUCAAGAAUGGACAAGAGAACCUCGAAUCGAGGUAUAAGAAUAUAGAGGGCCUGUUCGAGCGCCUGGUCACACUCAAUGCGGCCCGACAGGAAGAGCAAAAUAAACAUCUCGACUUUUUCGAUUCAUUGACAUCCGACUUUGAUACAUUUAAAAUACAAUACCAGCUUAUAUGCACUGAAUAUCUGGAAGAGGCUUGCCACCAAUACCUGAAAACCGGGCACUUUAGGUUUUUGAAUGAGAUACCUGCCAAAUUCAGGGAGGCCAACGUUCUCUUCGAUUGUCAAAUUGUCCAGGAUCUGCAAAUGAACGACAGGUUAAGAGUACCCCAUGCCGCAUUGGGGUUCCACGUGAUCUAUGCAUUGCAUCCGUUGGAAUAUGAGCAGCAUAUCGAAUAUGCGCCUGAGGAAGUUAUCCAGAUAAUCAACUUGCGAGCUGAGCUAGACCAUCUCGGCCGUUACAAAAAUGUAGCUGAGAAGGAGCAGCUCUCGUCCAUCAAAGCGAAGUGUUACAAGAUCAUCUCGCUUUGGAUGAAUCAUGUCACUUCGAUUCAUGAGUAUCCCGAUGAUGGAGACGAGGCGAAGGCAGCUCAGUUGGAAAACUAUCCAGCGGACAAAAUCAACGCAGAGAUAGAUGAGCUAUAUGAGAUGCGGAAAAUAUGGGAGAAAAAGGAGGCCAUGCUUCGGGAUAUCAUGCCCCGAGAGCAUGGGUUGCUGAUGUAUCAGCAUAGUCGCGGUGGUGAGCAAGGGUUCUUGACAAUGUUGCUUCUACGCCAUCCAAGAUUAGUUAUGGCAACGGUUAUUUCCAUAAUUUGUCUGCUUUUAUAG